AUGGAUCUGGAGAAGAACCUUCUCAGGGCAAUGGCGAAAAGCAUGUUGAACGAUGUCGUAUCCACCAGAGCGUACGAAUGGGUUUUCAGGCGAUACGAAAGAUUUUUCAAGGAUAAGAUAGUCAUAGACGUGGGCUGUCGCAGUGGAUUACUCAGUCUGAUGAGCGUGGAAGCGGGUGCCAUCAAAGUCAUGGCCCUGGGCAAUAUGGAAAGUGCUGAGUUUGUUAGGAAAGCUUUUAGCAACACUGAGAAGGAGGAUAUCUUCGAGUUUGUCGAGGGUGAUAUCCACGAGAUAGUCCUGCCCAGCGGUCUGAAGAAGGUGGAUAUAAUAGUGUCCGAGUGGGUAGGCCACUCUAUUUUUGUGGAAUCGCUCUUCAAGGAGGUGAUAUAUGCCCGAGAAAAGUGGCUGGUUAAAGGUGGUCUCAUCAUACCCAAUGUGGCUCAUCUUUUUCUCUGCGGAAUCGCGCAGCAUCCGCGAGACUCCAUCGAAGUGAAUAUCCUUCCCCAGACGGAUUAUCCUGGUCGCAGCUAUAUGGUCAGAGAACCCGUAUCCCUGAUGGAGGAUUACGUUCCCAAGGAACAGAUGAUAACUGAAAAGUACCUUCUGAAAACCAUCGAUCUCCUCACAGCCCACAUAAAUGAUGAGAGCUUCAGGGUCCCUUUUAGGCUACGUGGCUUGACGGACAGUCCACUUGGAGCCGUGGUUCUCUAUUCAGAUAUAGGAUUCUGCCGACCGAAGGGAAAGUUUAGACUCUUGUUUUCCACAGGUCCUAAGAGACCUCGCACCUAUCUGAGGCAAACUAUAUUGUUUAUGGAUGAUCCCGUCGCAGUGGCCAAGCGAGAGCUGGUUAUCGGAGACCUUGGGAUGUACUACAAGCCCGAUCAGCAUCGCGAAGUGGAGUACUCCUUCUCCUUCGCCAGUUCCAAAGUCGCGAAUACAGGAUCUGAGGAAUCGGAGGAGCACGAGGACGUUUCUGGUACAGAUUGCGACCAAGCGAAUGACGUGGAUUUGAGCGAAAUAAAAGGGGGCUAUUCUUGUUGA